AUGUCCUUUGAUACGGAAAGGUUCAUUAGUGAAAUACAGAAUAGACCAUGCAUAUGGAACAUGUCGAGUGAAGAAUACAGCAAAAGAGUAUUUAAGCAGAGCAAUUGGAAUGAAGUCGCUGAUAUUAUAUACGAUGAUUGGCAAAACUUAGAAGAAAACACUAAACAAAAAAGAAUAAAAGACCUACAAAAAAAAUGGAAGGGUUUGCGCGACUAUCACACCAGAGAAAAAAAUAAGGAUUCCUCAGUCAAAAGCGGAAGUGGGGCAACAAAAAAACGCAAGACACCAUACUUGGACAUGUUACACUUUUUAAAUGUUUUCUAG